GAUGUUUCUUAAGCUCCAAGUCGAAGCCUAUGAGCCCGUUUGUAGCUUAAACAGACCCGCCCGACACGCAAUUUUCCUGGGUCGGGGCAAACCAGAAAAAAUUACAGUAUCCUCAUGAUUACCUUCUGGUCUCUGUAAUGGAUCAGCGAGCUCUAAACAAAAAAUGGAACCUAAACCCCUCACGCUCAACAUUUGAUUAGGGUUUUAUUAAGUCAAUUUUGUCUCUUUCCAGUUCACAUGCUAACUUAGGGUUUUGAAGUUGUUUUCUGCAUAAUCGUAACAUAACCGAUAAGCAAUGUCAAAGCGGAAAUUCGGAUUCGAAGGAUUCGGGAUAAACCGGCAAAAGACUUACAACUUCGAGCAAUCUCAACCUCCACAACGCCUGUACGUCCCUCCUUCGACGCGCCGGAGCCACGACAACUAUGAAGACACAGACCUUGACGAAAUCGAUUACGCCGAGGAAAAUGAAAAUGCCAAGGAAAGCAACGGAGCUGAAGAAAAUGAUGAAAUUGAUCCUCUGGACGCCUUCAUGGAAGGAAUACACGAGGAAAUGAAGGCGGCGCCACCCCCGAAAGCAAAGGACAAGGCGGAGAAGUAUAGAGACGAUGAAGAUGAUAACGAUCCUAUGGAGAGUUUCUUAAAAGCGAAGAAAGAUGUAGGGCUGACGUUGGCAGCUGAUGCUUUACAUGCUGGUUAUGAUUCUGAUGAGGAGGUUUAUGCAGCUGCGAAAGCUGUGGAUGCUGGAUUGUUGGAGUAUGAUUCGGAUGAUAAUCCAGUUGUUCUCGAUAGAAAGAAGAUUGAACCUAUUCCUCCUCUUGAUCAUAGUUUGAUUGAUUAUGAACCGUUUAAUAAGGAUUUUUAUGAGGAGAAACCCUCCAUUUCAGGGAUGAGUGAGCAGGAUGUUGCUGAGUAUCGCAAAAGUUUGGCGAUCCGUGUUUCAGGUUUUGAUGUACCUAGGCCAAUUAAGUCCUUUGAAGAUUGUAGUUUUUCAAUGCAACUGAUGAAUGCUAUUGUGAAGCAAGGCUAUGAGAAGCCUACUUCAAUACAGUGUCAAGCGCUGCCUGUUGUGCUUUCUGGUAGAGAUAUUAUUGGCAUAGCAAAAACUGGUUCUGGUAAGACUGCUGCUUUUGUUCUUCCUAUGAUUGUACAUAUUAUGGAUCAGCCUGAACUUCAGAAAGAAGAGGGUCCAAUUGGAGUGAUCUGUGCACCCACUAGGGAAUUAGCCCACCAAAUAUAUUUAGAAGCAAAGAAAUUUUCUAAAUCACAUGGGAUACGUGUCUCUGCUGUCUAUGGAGGAAUGUCUAAGCUUGAACAGUUUAAAGAACUCAAGGCAGGAUGUGAUAUUGUUGUUGCUACUCCAGGGAGACUAAUAGACUUGUUAAAGAUGAAGGCACUAAAUAUGUCAAAAGCAACUUAUUUGGUACUGGACGAGGCUGAUCGGAUGUUUGACUUAGGAUUUGAGCCACAGAUAAGGUCUAUUGUUGGUCAGAUUAGGCCUGAUCGCCAGACCUUACUCUUUUCUGCUACAAUGCCCCGCAAGGUUGAAAAGUUAGCUCGAGAGAUUCUCAGUGAUCCCAUAAGAGUUACGGUAGGGGAGGUGGGAAUGGCCAAUGAAGAUAUCACUCAGGUUGUUCAAGUAAUUCCUUCUGAUGCUGAGAAAUUACCUUGGCUUUUUGAAAAGCUGCCUGGAAUGAUUGAUGAUGGUGAUGUUCUAGUUUUUGCUUCUAAAAAAGCCACAGUUGAUGAGAUUGAAUCACAACUAGCUCAAAAGGGGUUUAAAGUUGCAGCUCUUCAUGGUGACAAAGACCAGGCUUCACGGAUGGAGAUUUUACAAAAAUUUAAAUCUGGUGUAUAUCAUGUUCUUAUUGCAACUGAUGUUGCUGCUCGUGGACUUGACAUCAAAUCACUCAAGUCAGUUGUUAAUUUUGAUAUCGCAAGAGACAUGGACAUGCAUGUGCAUCGUAUUGGUCGGACUGGUCGUGCUGGUGACAAAGAUGGGACUGCAUACACUCUUAUUACUCAGAAAGAAGCACGUUUUGCUGGUGAACUGGUUAACAGUUUGAUUGCUGCUGGGCAAAAUGUCUCCGGGGAACUUAUGGACCUCGCUAUGAAAGAUGGGAGAUUCAGGUCCAAACGUGAUGCAAGAAAAGGAGCUGGGAAAAAGGGUAGAGGCAGGGCUGGAGUUGGUCGAGGUGUGCGUGGAGUGGAUUUUGGUCUUGGUAUUGGCUAUAAUCCAGAAUCCAGUAGUACAUCUCAGGCUGUUCCUAGUCGAUCUACUGCUGUUAACUCGGCGAGAUCAGGGAUGAUGGCUCAAUUCAAGAGUAGUUUUGUUGCUGCUUCCUCAAACUCUCAAAGUCCGAGUGCUUAUGCCAACAACAGACCAGCAUUACGUGGAUUUGUCUCAGGUGGUUCAAUUGGUGGAGACUUGAAUAUAACUCAGACAACCAGCUCACUACCUGGUUUUGUCUCGGGUGGUUCAAUCAGUGGAGAUGCUAAUAGAACUCGGACAACCAGCUCACUACCUGGUUUUGUCUCUGGUGGUUCAAUUAGUGGAGAUCCUAAUAGAACUCAGACAACCACUCAGAACUCUAGAGGAAAUCCUAGUCAGACCACAGAAAGUUCUAGAGAUAGGGGUAGAGAGAGGCGGAGGCCAUCUGGUUGGGACCAUUGAUACCCCUCCAGGGAUGAGAACUUUCUCUAGAAACAAGACUGCAGAUGUGUAUGAUUAUAAAUGCCUAAUGAGUUCACUCAUGUGCUUGUUGUUUAGUUCUAACUCUUGUAUGAUUUACAUUUUAUUAGAUCUUCCAAAGUUAUACUCAUUGCAUAAUUAUCAAUAUGAAAAUUAGAUUUUUGGUUAGUAAA